AUGGCUCCCAACGUCCUCGCAGCGCGCGACACAAACACAAAGGUCAAGGCCAUGGAUUCGCCAGAGAAGACCAAGAUUAAGAGUCUUGAGUAUCAUCGUCAGGUUCUACACUCGCGUCUCGAUGACAAGCAGGAGUCAAAGUAUGUCUCGCCAUCCGACGACAUCAUGAGCCCGGCCACGCAGAAGCUGCAGGCCUUCAAGACCAAACACGCCAUGAAGAAAUCAAAGCCACAGACGCUGUUCAAGAAGGCGAGCUCUAAGAGUCUCGAGGCCAACAAAGGCAGCGGCUCGCUCAUGUUUGCCGAUAUCCCAAAGGUUGAUGCGGGCAAGCAAGACGCAGAGGCCUAG